CAUGCGCUUGGCCACAAAGAAGCUUCUUUCGAGCCAGUGUGCCCAGUCUCCAAUGUUUGGCAAUACUCUUGUUCACAAGACAAUCCAACAAUACUUUACAACAGUUAACAAGUCUACAAGAAAGUUUGCAACACCUCUCGGUCUCAGUGCUCGACCACUCGCCUUCACAGGCCACGAGCAACUGCAGAGCAUCAAUAGCUCUUUGUAUAACCGCACAAAUUUUGCAUCUAGGUCGGCAGGAGCUUGCUUUGCGUCGUCUGGCGCCGCUGCGGCAAGCAUGGCCACGCAAACUGGCACUCAGCAUGCUGGCCAGGCAUCAAUUCCCUACCUGAGCCAGAAGGACGCCAUCGCGGUGGACGAGCACCUGAUGGGCCCGGAUCUUGGAUUCAGUGUGGAUCAGCUGAUGGAGCUGGCGGGGCUGUCGGUGGCGGCCGCCGUACAGGCCGAGUACCCGCCCGAGGUACAGACCACGGAGGGCGCGCCCCGGUGGCGGCGUGUGCUGGUGUUGUGCGGCCCAGGCAACAACGGCGGGGACGGGCUGGUGGCGGCGCGGCACCUGUACCACUUCGGAUACGACGUGCGGGUGUGCUACCCCAAGCCCACAGACAAGCCGUUGUACAACGGCCUCGUGAAGCAGGUCACCACGCUGGGCAUCCCGCUGGUGCCCUGGGCGGAGCUGGAGGCGGCGGCGGCGGCGGGGCCCGGCGGCGGCGGCGGCGGCGGCGGCGGCCUGGCGAGUCAGGCUGACCUGGUCAUUGACGCGCUGUUCGGCUUCAGCUUCAGCGGCGCACCGCGGGCGCCCUUCGACGCCAUCAUCAAGGCGCUGCUGCCCGCCGCCGGCCCGCCGCCCAUCGUGUCAGUGGACAUCCCCUCGGGCUGGGACGUGGAGCGGGGCGACGAGGCCGCGGGUCCGGGCCAGGCCAUCCAGCCCGCCAUGCUGGUAUCGCUCACAGCGCCCAAGAUGUGCGCGGCGCGCUUCAAGGGCGAGCACCACUACCUGGGCGGCCGCUUCGUGCCGCCCCCCCUGGCGGAGCGCUUCCACCUGACUGGACUGCCGCGGUACCCCGGGGCCGCCAUGACAGUACGGCUGGGCGGCGCGGCGGCGGAGAGCGCGGCGGCGGAGAGCGCGGCGGCGGAGGCCAAGCGGGUUGCCGACAUGCGUAUCAGCUACGAGGUGGGCGGUCUGGAGGAGGCGGACUUCGCGGGCCGCGACCCCAUGGCCCUGUUCGACGAAUGGUUCAAGGCGGCGGUGGCGGGCAAGGUGUGUGAGGAGCCCAAUGCGAUCAACCUUGCCACCUGCGACGCCGCCGGCCAGCCCUCCGUGCGCGUGGUGCUGCUCAAGGGAUACGACGAGCGGGGCUUUGUGUUCUACACCAACUACUCCAGCCGCAAGGGCUCCGACCUGGCCGCCACCGGCAAGGCCGCGUUCGCCAUCUACUACGAGAAGCUGCAGCGACAGAUCCGUGUGGAGGGCGUGGUGGAGCAGGUGCCGGAGGCCGAGUCCACCGAGUACUUCCACAGCCGCCCGCGCGGCAGCCAGAUCGGCGCCUGGGUGUCCAACCAGAGCCGGCCCUGCAGGGACCGCGACGAGCUGGAGGACAGGAACAAGGCGCUGCAGGCCCAGCACGCGGACGAGUCGGUGCCUGUGCCCAAGCCGCCGCACUGGGGCGGCUACCUCAUCCGGCCCACGCUGGUGGAGUUCUGGCAGGGCCGCCCCAGCCGCCUGCACGACCGCAUCGCGUUCCGCCGCGCCGCGCCCGAACCCGCCUCGCCCUGGGUCAUGGACCGCCUGCAGCCCUAGUGGCGGUUGGCGGCUUGGCGGGCGGUUGGCGGGUGGUUAGCGGGGGGCUGUCGUUGCGGUUGCUUGUUGGGGGUAGUUACUGGUUGAGGCGGUUGGUGAGCGAGGCCUGGUGGUUGCCGCCAACGGUCGCCAGGAGUGGCGGGAUAUGACGGCCACAAGCUUGAUCGCUGAUGAGGUUAGCGGCGCCCUGCGCCGUCGACCCUGGGUGUUGUGCGGCUGGCAAGUUGUCGUUUGACGAGCGACGGAGCAAGGAGGAGCGAGUGGGGCGGUGGUGGCGCCAGCCGCGGGCGUUGCUGCAGGGCGGCCGCGGGGACAGCGGGUGUGCCGACACCGUAGACAGCCAUCUGCCAGGCACGCGCAUGUGCAUGCGAUUAUACACACGUGAGGUGCACACAGGAACCUUUAUACCAAGGGUUAUACCCCUUUAUACGGUAUAACUUAUUGAUGGUAAGAAGUUAGCGGUUUGAGCGCCGCAUGCGCGCGUGCUAGGCAAGUACGAGGGGGGGAGUUAAGGCAGGAGCGCCCAUGUCCCCUUAACCAUCUAGCCUUGUGCGCGGUUUAUGGCUGGCUGGCUGGCAGCUGGUAUGUGAGGAGGCAGCUGCAGACCUGCAGUUCCUCGCCUGGGUGUAGUGCUGUGUUUGAGGGUGAGGCAACCAACAGCUUUAUCUACAACUGCACCGUGCGACUGAAUGUACCGUGAUCUGCUUGCUGUCGUGUCUAGGGUGCGGGCAUGCAACUGGGCUGGGUGUGGCAGUGUGUGUAUGACAGUAUGACAGUG